GAAGGCGAGCUCAGUGAGUGAGUGUCCAGGUGCAGCUCACACUCCGCGGGCAAUGAGCCCCACGGGUUGGGACCCCCUGCAGCAUGAGGAGAAGCAAAUUGAUGGUCCUGGCGACCUGCCUGGGCUUCUUUCUACUCGUUAUAUUCUACUACCAGAGCAGCCUGAGCUCAGCUGAGAAUGAGUUCUUGGCUGGCAGCUGGAAUGGAAAGCCCCAAAGAAGCCCCCUGCAGGCUCUGUACGACAACAGCCAGCUGGAGCCCUCUUCGAUCCAAGCGGUACAUCAGGAGCGCAGGGAGCUGCUGGCCAGCACCUGCAAGACGUAUACCAGAAAACGACGGGUCCUGACGGCCGACGACCUGAAGCACUUGAUUGUGGAUGACACCCAUGGCUUGUUAUAUUGCUAUGUUCCCAAAGUGGCUUGUACCAACUGGAAGAGGGUCAUGAUGGUCCUCACUGGCCAUGGCAAGUACAAGGACCCCAGAGAAAUCCCAGCCAAUGAGGCUCAUGUCGCUUCCAAUCUCCGCUCCCUCUCUGAGUUUAGCACGCCUGAAAUAAACUAUCGGCUUAGAAACUACCUCAAAUUCAUCUUUGUAAGGGAGCCCUUCGAGAGGUUGGUGUCUGCCUACAGAAACAAGUUCACUCGCACAUACAACACUGCUUUUCACAAGCGUUAUGGGACCAAGAUCAUAGAACGACAUCGCAGGGACCCCUCCCUAGAGGCAUUGGAACGAGGGGAUGAUGUCACAUUUGAAGAGUUUCUGUACUACCUGGUGGACCCCAUGACCCAGAGGGAGGAACCAUUUAACGAGCAUUGGGAACGUGUCCAUUCCCUGUGUCACCCUUGCAUAGUUCACUAUGAUGUAGUGGGGAAGUACGAGACCCUGGACGAAGAUGCCAGGUACCUGUUACAGCUAAUCGGCGUAGCCGACUCCAUCAAAUUUCCAUCCUCGUCCAAAAAUUCGAGGACCACCGAUGGGAUGGCUGCCGAGUUCUUCAAGGGCGUGAGUCACUUUUAUCAACGUCGGCUCUUCAACUUGUACAAGAUGGAUUUUCUGCUCUUUAACUACAGCAUUCCACAUUACUUGCAAAUACAUUGACCCCAGAAUGGACGCAUGGAGGGCCUGGCGCUCUCUGAUGCUUUUCCAUUGUUAACUGGGGCAGGGAAAGUGGACCCUCUUGGACAGUUUAUAUAUGAAUUAGUUAUUUAUUGCUGGUAGCAUCCAUUCUCUGCUGUGAACAGUUCAUUUUUUUUUUAGAUUUUCAACGCAACUGCUACAAAAAGUCGUUUAAUACACACCAUGUUGUUAAAAUUAUAAUGUACCACCAAAUGGGUCACCUUC